ACAAUUUGCUGCUGCCUCUGUGGUCUAUCAAAAUCUGUCAAACACUCGGCGUGAACGAUCGAAGAAUCACAUUGUUUUCGUCCUCUUUCCCGUCCAUAACUCCAUCCAGUGCGCGCGACUAAUUUUGGAAACACAAUUUUCUAACAAAUAACAUCAUGAAUCAGUCAUUUUUCUCAAAUUUUUCAUUACGAACCUAAAAAGAAAAAACGAUUUUUCAUCGCAAAAAAAAAAAAAAAAAAAUGUGUUCCAGCGCAGUGGUGUACCACGCGAUUUCCAAGCCCAAUCCUUUAAUUAAUCAAAUUGGUAGAAUUCGUCUACUGCAACCCGGCUGUCAACAAAAUCGAUAUUCCUGGGGAUCAUUAACUGUCAAUCUAAAUGGUGGAUAUUCAUAUAGAACAUUAACAAAUGGAAAAAUAAAUAAUAAAAAUAAUGCCAGUAGUUCUCAAAUACAUCAGGAGAAAACAAUUAGCUCGGCGGAAUCAUUGAUUCUCAAUAGGGAUACUGUUGGUGUUUUAAAGAAACCUCAAGUCAAGGAUUUUGCCAUAAAAUUAACUUCUGAAGAAAGAGAACUUUUAAUUAAAACACUACAAGAAUGUCAAUCGAUGAAGAUUAAGGCUGAAUUUGAAGGUCAACUGGCUACAUUUCGAUGGAGAAAUAAAUUUGGUCGACCUAGUACGAUUCCAUCUCUUGGUGCAGUUGAUCCUACAGGCAGUUAUUGUGAAGUUCCCGAUGACUGGCUUCUUCAAAAGUAUGCGGAGUCAUCGAAGAAUAAUGAUGUUUCAUUCGAGACAGUACCACAACCUUGUAACAGAGAUCUUUUACGAGUUUUGGUCGCUAAUGCUAUUCCCUUCAUUGGAUUUGGUUUUCUCGACAACUUUAUCAUGAUUAUUGCUGGAGAUCGAAUUGAGAUGUACUUGGGAACUGUAAUUACAUUGUCAACAAUGGCAGCCGCUGCUAUUGGAAAUACAUUUUCAGAUAUAUUGGGAAUUGGAUCUGCGUAUUAUGUUGAAUUAAUAGCUCAAAAAAUUGGCUUCAAACCACCAAAGUUAACGCCUAUUCAAUUAGAUCUACCAAAAUCGAGAAUGGCUGCCAAUAUGGGUCGAGUCAUAGGAGUUACCUUAGGUUGUAUAUUAGGAAUGAUUCCUUUAAUAUUUCUUCAUCACGAUGAAAAGACUGUGGAGUCUGAAACAACGAAGACGUCCGAAAAAGAAAAAGCUCCUGUUCUAAGCGAAAAGACUAAUUAAUUUAACUUGGUUAAAGUUUUUCUGUAAAUUUCUAUAUUAUAUUGUUUGUAAAUAAUUAUAUAUAAAUAUAUAUAUAUGUAUGUAUGUACUUAAUGAAAUAAGAUAAAGAAGAUAUAUCACAAAAAGAAA